UGUAAACAGCCCACUCCGGUGGCAGCGAAAAGACGCCCCCUCCCCAAGCACCCAAACACCCAAAACCAAAAACUUGGGUACGUACCGGCAUCCGGCACCACCCACACCUGCAUCCACACUGCAUCCUCAACCUCCGCCACCUAGACCCAGACCCAGUUUCUGUUUGUCGAGGCUCUUGGAUCAGCGCCAGUGUCGUCGACCUUUUUUCCUCUUCAACCGGCAGUCAACCACCUCUGGCCAGCCUCUUCCUCACCUGCUCUUCACAAUCACCUUCGUUUUUGGCGGUGCUUUUGUGCAAUCGAUGGAUCUUGGGCCGUUUUCCUCUUAACCGCAGCCCCUCUCCGCUUCUUCACCUUCUUUUCGUCACACAAUCGUUGAAGGUUUCUGUUCUUCUACACGCAUUGUUUCACGCAUAACCGAGCACCCCCUGUCAAUCCGGGCUGCAUCUCGCCAUUCCUCACCGCAGCCAACGACUUCUCUGGAUAAGCUGCCCUCGACCGGACCUUGAACCGCCGUAAUCCUGCAAGAACACAAAGCCGUUGCUUUGUUCUUGUUGUGCUUGUUCCCGCAAAUCGAGUCCCCCAACGACUCUCGCCACUCCGCACGCACUCGCCUCGCCUCGGGUCAUGGUAGCGUCUUUGUGACAACUAGAAUCUCAAUCUGUUUGUUUGCUUACCGUGCAUCCCCAAUGGAUGCAUAGACGAGUUUGCUAACCGAGACACCUAGCAGCCCGCCAUGGCGGCUCCCGACGAACCCCCCUCCUCGAAUCCCGACAAUAGCGGAAACAUCGUCGACACCAUCCUACACGAAACACAAUAUUUUUAUAGCACAACCCUGCUCAUCACCUUUAUUGUUGGUGCCGCUUGGUACAGCGUCUAUAAUGCAAAGAAGAAUGGCGAGUUUAGCCAGCAGACCACCGUCAAGGGUCCCGGUGGCAAACCGCUCCCCGUGACCAAACGGAAGCCCAAGGACGAGGCUGAGCGCAAGAUUGGCCCCAAGUUUGGCUCUGCCGCCAAGAAUACCUUUCGUUACUUGGCCGCGGUGGUAUUCAUCUCUUAUCUGGCUUCUGGCUCGUCCAUGUUUAUUCAUGCCUUUUGGCACGAGGAUCCAGCGAAAUGGUCUCGCCAGGGCCUCCCCUGGGCAGGCGAAUACAGCCUCGUACAUGUUAUUGGCUCAACAUUCUUUUAUCUCUACAUCGUCUUCUCCCUAUUCGAUUGGCGUAAGGGCCCCAACUUUGUCCACUUUGUCGUGUGGAGUUUAGGUUUGGCGGGAGAAGUCGUGUUAUUCAUAACGACAUAUGUUGCAGCAAGCGAAUGCCACUUUGUUCGCUCGUGGUCAACACCCAAAGGAGGCAAGGGUAGCUGCGUAGAUUCUUGGACAAAGAUCGACUUGGUACUGUACUUUGUCCGUAUCCUACACAUUCUUGCCAUGGUCGUACUAUACUGCUUGGCGUGGUUGUCUAAACCCAAGAGCCAGCAAUCUGCUCGAGUAGCUGAAGAAGGCCGGCAAAGCGAGACGACUCCACUACUCAACGGUAACCAUCGAUCCUACGAGACGCAGUCGAGCGAAGCGAACGGACGACGCCGUGGCCGUACAAUGUCGAACGCAAACAAGGCAAAUGGUUCGACGUGUGGCAAAGACGACAAUGCUGCAUUUUACAGACAGAAGCAAUUACCCCACAAGACGUGGUUUGAAUACGUUCGAGGCUACUCGCUCUUCUUCCCAUAUCUUUGGCCAAAGGAUUCAUUGAAGCUGCAGCUCAAUGUCCUAAUCUGCUUUCUAAUUGUUGUUGCUCAGCGUCUAAUCAAUAUCCGCGUCCCAAAGCAGAUUGGAAACGUUGUUGAUGCGCUCGAAGUAGCCAUUAAACAGGUACAGGCGGGUGAACCCCUCACCUUGAGCUUGUUCCCACUCAAGGAGAUUGCUAUUCUCGGCGCUCUCUGGGUUCUCCAAGGACCUUCGGGAUUCUUGGGCUGUGCAAGAUCUAUGCUUUGGAUCCCAGUUUCACAAUACUCUUACCGUGGCCUGACCACGGCUGCGUUUAAUCACGUUCACUCCCUGAGUCUGGACUUUCACUUAUCAAAGCGAACUGGCGAGGUUUUGUCUGCGCUCAACAAGGGUUCGGCUAUUAACCAAUUCUUGGAGCAAGUCACCUUCAACGUCAUUCCCAUGCUCUUUGAUCUGUUUCUGUCUAUUCAGGUGUUCUACACCGACUACGGACCACUCUAUGCCCAGAUAAACCUGGUGUAUAUUUGCUGGUAUCUCUACAUGACCAUCAAGAUGGCUUCGACGCGCGCGGACCAGAGACGCGAAAUGAGUAAUGCUGACCGUGAAGAAGAAGCUGUCAAAAAUGACUCCAUUUCUAGCUACGAAACGGUCAAAUACUUCAACGCCGAAGAGUACGAGUCAAACAGAUAUCAAGACAAGGUUGGCGCUUUCCAAAAGGCCGAGGUCAAGGUCCAAAUGGGCAUGGUCAUGAUGAAUGUCUGCCAAACCAUUGUAUUCAACCUAGGCCGCAUCAUUGUUGUCAUUGUCUGUGGCUGGCAGGUUGUUCUCGGAAUCCGCAACACGGGAGCAUGGUUCACUGUCGUGUCCUAUCUCGGUCAAUUGCAAGCGCCGCUAAAUUUCUUUGGUACUUUUUACAGGACCGUACAACAAUCCAUGAUUUCCGGCGAGCGCCUUCUCGAACUGUUCAAGAUUCAGCCGACCGUUGUCGACACUCCUCACGCUAAGCCAUUGACCAACUUCCGUGGCGGCAUCCGCUGGAACAAUGUUAGCUUCUCCUACGACCGUCGUCGCCCUGCGCUCCGAAACAUCUCGUUUGAGUGUCCCCCUGGAACAACAACUGCGUUUGUUGGAGAGUCAGGUGGUGGCAAGUCGACGCUGUUCCGACACAUGUUCCGAUACUACGACUGUGACGAGGGCAGCAUUGAGCUUGACGGCCAAAACGUCAAGGAUCUGACUAUUGCGUCAGUUCGCCGCCAUAUUGGUGUUGUGCCCCAAGACACGACCCUCUUCAACGAGACAAUCAUGUACAACCUCAAGUAUGCUAACCCUGAUGCCACCGACGAAGAUGUGUAUGAGGCAUGCCGCGCUGCAAGCAUUCACGACCGCAUCAUGUCGUUCCCCGACCAGUACAACACCCAAGUUGGAGAGCGUGGCUUGCGCUUGAGUGGCGGUGAAAAGCAGCGAGUGGCGAUUGCACGCACGAUCUUGAAGGACCCUCGCAUCAUCAUGCUUGACGAAGCCACGUCGGCGCUUGAUUCACAUACAGAGCAGGAGAUUCAGGACAAUGUUUGGAGCAUCGGCCAAGGCCGCACGCUACUCAUCAUUGCUCAUCGUCUCUCCACCAUUACUCUGGCCGACCAGAUCAUUGUGCUUAACAAUGGUACGAUUGUUGAGCGUGGCAACCACGAAGAACUUCUCGCUGCCGGCGGUCGAUAUGCAUCCAUGUGGGACAAGCAGAUUCGCGCCGAACGAGCUCUUCAGACGGCCCGCACCGCGCAGAUCAAGGCGGCGCGCGCUAUGCGUCGGGCCAAUAUGGGCAAGUCUGAGGUUGAGGAACAUAUUGAGGGUUAUCAUAGUCACGGUUCCUCGGAAUCCUUGUCCGCCCAAGGCGAAAAUGGUGGCUCCAAAGCUUCCCGUGGCGAAGGAACGUCCUCAUCGGCGUCCUCAGAUUCGGAGUCCGAGUCCCAUAGUGGACAUGAGAACCAUCGCCCAAAGAAGCGGUAGAGAUGAAGAUGUUCAACCUCUUCCUCGGCCGCUUCUCUUUGAUCCAAUUUGAUGGACCUAAUUUUCUCUUUUUCUCGUUUUUGCUUUCUUGUUUACAUUAGAUGGCAGAGCAAUCACCUACCAGAGUGCGCUUGUCUUGAAACUAAUAUUCGGCGGUUUUGACUUUUUUUCCCCCUUUGAGCAUUUGGUUUGGUUUUGCUUGUUUUCUGUUUCUAUUUUUGUUUUAUUUUUCUUCAUGACUUGCAACGCAAGCAUGUUGGCAUCAAGACUGCACUUUGCAUAACAGCGGCGUUUUAGGAGCACGAGGCGGAACUUGGCCGUCGCUGCCAAGCUUGUUUUCCCUGAUCUUUUUUGAUUUGUUUUCUUGCUGAUUUUGCCUGGCCAUUAGACCAGACCGGAUAGGCGGACUGUUAUUUUCUUGUCCUUUUCCUUGCCACCCUACUCUGCGUUUCGAGUAGUUGAGUUGAAUCAAAAAGGCUAGCGUAAUAUACAAAGAUCCUUUUCUCGACCUGUAC